CAUAGAAAACAGUGAAUUUUUGACAGACACCCCCACUCGUAACAGCAGAGGAAAAGUGAAAAAGUUUUUCACACAGCGAGAGGGGAGAAAAGGACCCCAGACGACAGAGGGUGAAAAGCGACAUAAUUUGAGAUACAAGAAAUAAAACAAAGCAGCGUUGAGAAGAAAAGGCGAGAGCUUUUGAGAUACGGCGGCUCGGACAAGAGAUUUUAUGUCGGCAAGUUUUGAUUUGGGUGUUGUGUCUGGGGCUCCGUUGAAGCUCUGUUUCUCAUCACUUCCUUCGAUUUCUGCUCGUUGCAUGCGCAAAGCCCUCUGCUGUUCUAUUCAGCAGAGCGACCUCUCUUUCUUCCCGACUGUUUCGAUGCGUUUGAGGCCCAAACGGACUUGUACCGGAGUUGUGUGUUUUGGGGGUUUUCACAUAAAUCGGUUAAUAAAUCGAUUUACGUGAGGAGUCCAACGCAGCGGCUCCUUUUGCUCAAGUGAUUCGAUCUUGAAUUAGAGAUUUCUUUGCGGGAUUUUUGUUUGAUUGGUUUAUUAUUUUGGGAGGAUUCAUUUUUGUGGGUUAAUUCUUUUUUUGAGGGGUUUUUGAUUUGUUUUGACUGAGAGAGAAGAUGAUAGCGGAGCCUCGGAAACCAGUUUUGUUCAACAGGGAAGCUUGCUUGAACAGAAAAGGGAAAGUUCGGCCCGAACCCGUUAAGCCAAUGAGAAAAAUCCGGAUAAUUUAUAAUGACCCGGAUGCUACCGACUCCUCCGACGAUGAGAGAGAGGAGGAGAGAGAGAGGAGAGUGAAACGCCUCGUUCAUGAGGUUCAUUUUCCUCUCGUGAAGCCUGCUGCAGCGGCGGCGGCUUCCAAGGUUCUGGAAUCCGAGAGCUCGGACAACAGCGAGGGAAGCUCCAAGAAGAAGAGGGCUUUUUCGGCGACGGAGAGCAGCCGGCAGAAUCCCGUUAACGGUAAAUACAGAGGCGUGCGGCAGCGCAAGUGGGGGAAAUGGGCUGCUGAGAUACGGGAUCCGUUUCAGCACAAACGGGUUUGGUUGGGAACCUUUGAUUCGGCGGAGGAAGCUUCCAGAGCUUACGAGAUAAAGCGGCUGGAAUUCGAGGCUUUGAGCAACGGUGCUGACUUGUCGUCGGAGAGGAGCUCGGGCUGUGAGAAUGGCAAGACUGUGAGUUCGGCGGUCGUUUUCGAGUAUGACGAGAAGAAGAUUCGGAAGGACGAUGUUGUGGUUUGUGCGUCCGAGGACUCCAGUGGCAGCAGCAAUACGUCAGCGGUGGAGCUCGAUUCCACCACUUCUUGGGUUCUUGAUUGCAAGUGUGAGGAUGCUGUUGUGGAGGAGAGACAAGAUAAAUGUGGGUUGAUGGGUUUGGAUCAAAUUGAUUUGGACAUGGAGCUCCAAUCCCUUGUCGCCGGCGAUGGAUUCGUCCCUUCUUUCGACGAUCUCAUCGACGAGGAUUUGGAUGAAUUCCCCAUAUUUGGGUUUGAUGUGGGUGAUGAGGGCACUGCGUUGCCGGACUUCGAUUUUGAUUUCGACUUUGAAGAGGCUUGCGGCGGCGCCCUGACGUGGAUGGAUGAGCCGUCGCCGAUGAACGGAAUUAAUGGAGGGUCGGCUUCUUUCAAUAUAGCAUGCCUAUAAGUUUUGCAGUUGAUAGGAUUUUAUUUAGUAUUAGUAGUAUGACUAUGUUUACUUUUGUGAAAUGGCGUUUCUAGAACUGGAUAAUUCAGUUCGGAAAUGUUGUUGUCAUAAGUUUGCUGGUGAGAGAUUUUGUUUUGAGAGUUUUUUUGUGUAGAGAGUUGGGAGUUUCCUUUGGUUUUUUCUUGUGCUUUUUGAGCCGUCCAAAGGGCUUCGGACUCGAGAGUAAAAUCAUGUUAUUGCAGUUUCAUUACUUAGUAGAUGAAGAUCACCAUCCUUGUCUCUCUUA